UGAGAUUGUCUCAUGCAACUGCACGACUAGCCUGACGAACCGUUCAACUCGCUGUGGACGCUGUGUUCAUGGGAUGGGGGCCGAAGCAAGCUGCUGCAAGAAAGAGGAGAUCUUAGAGGUAACGAAUGUGGUGCAUCAGAAAGGAGACGAGGACGUACCAGAUUCGCCAGAUCCCAGAGAUCCUUUUGCAGUCCUGGGCCCACAGGGCACAUCUCAGCCUUCGCUUCACAGUCAGAUCUCUGUCCUCACGGAGGUGCCAAGCCUUCGAGCAGAUCAGGAUCUGAUGCGUGGGAUCUCGCUACACAAAUCUCUCAGGAAGUUUGGCCGAGUGUGGAGGACGAAACCCAGCAGAUUGACAGAAGGAGAUCAUCAAGUGCUCUCGAAGGUUUGUGUCAAGGACCCGCCCAGUCCUGGUGUGAAGAUUCUUUUAGAUGUUGUGCGUUUGUUGGCAAAAGAACAAGGAAUCUUUGGACCAAUCCUUCCGAAAUUGAAGGAUGUGCGACAGUCUAUUAGUCUAUCGGCACCUUGUUCAUUUGGUUCCAACGCUUUGAUCCAAUACGGCUGGCGGCGGCCCUUUCUUUGGCCGGAGGUUGAUCACUUCGAUGUGUUCAUCUCGCACACCUGGGAGACCAAUGGCCGAUGGAAGAUUUUGGCCAUGAUGCUGCAGCAAGGAUGGCCUUACAUGAUUAUCUUGUGGCUGGUGUAUAGCGCGUUAGCUGGGAGCCUGUUUUUGUACACCGACCUGCUACCGUACAACUCUGUCUUUCCGAUCCAGUCCUUCAACUGGUCAGGUUGGGGCGUGCUUGGGUGCUGGAUGCGAGUGAGCGGCUUGCUGGGAAUGGUCACUGGCCUUUUCAUGGCCCCAUACUGGCCUCGAUGUCGUUCCACUUUGGCCUUUGUGGACGUGGUGAGCAUUGAUCAAAUUGAUCCAGAGAUGACACGCCGCGGGGUCUAUGGAUUGGGCGGUUUUUUGUCACAUUCCUCUGAGCUUCGAGUGCUUUGGAGCCCACAGCUUUUUUCUCGGCUUUGGUGCAUCUUCGAGCUUGCGGCCUUCCGGAAGGCGAAUCCCAAAGGCAAGAUCGUACUGGCUCCACUGUAUGUGGAAAUGAUCGUUGGGUUUCUGCUGCUUUGGCUGGCCUUUAUGCAGCUUCUCUACUUCUUGCUCCUUCAGGUCCUGCAAUUCUCUUCUUUCAUCUCCUUCGUGGGAAUGGUGCCGGUCAUCCCUUGUAUCCACCAGACGCGGAAGAUUUGUCGUGAGAAGCGGCGACUCUUGAAUGAGCUCAAACAGUUCAACUUGAACGAAGCAGGCUGCAGCGUCGAUUUCGAUCGGAACUUCAUUUUGGCUGGAAUCGAAGAGUGGUAUGGCACGCAGGAGGCGUUCACCGAAUACGUCCGAGGCCCUCUCUUUCGUGAGCUGGUGGCACCCUUGGAGACGCUUCGGGUCCCUGUGCAGUACUGGGUCUUGUUGGGCCUCCAUGAAAUGAGCUCACUGCUGGAGUUCACCGUGGGCUACAUGAGUGGUGGUGCUCCAGUGGACGUUGUACUUGCUCAAUUCUUGAGUUGGCCCAUCAGCAACGUUCUUUGGCGCAUCAUUUCGUUUCGUUUGGGUCUAUUUCUGUGUGAUCGAUGUAGCAGUCGAAUGCCUGGUGCUUGUGGUUUGCUGGACUUCAUGAAGACAUUCUUAAUUUGGGUCGUGACGGUGGUGUUCCUCCUCAGCACUUUUGAAGUGACAGCGGUGGUUGAAAGAUCAAGCUUGGUGGUCGCGAGUGCUGGAGCCUGCGUAACAAUUGCGGUCGCGCUCUUCUCUCUUUGGGCCGCGACGGGAUGAUCAGAUCGAAAGUAGGUUAAGAAUGACCGAGUCCAGAGAAUGCAGGCAGCUAAGCUGCUGAGCAUCAGACUGGAAGCUCGCCAAAAGGGCGAGAGAAAUGCUUCUAUGGAUUUGAUUGCUUUUGCUUUAUUCCUUCCGAAAGUUUUUCCCUUCGGGCAUUGCUUGACUUGAGGUUUCACGGCAGCUGAUCAUCCAUUCUCGCGCAAAAGCAAGCUCUCCGUCUCAGAAACCAUGAUCACAUCCAUCGCUGGGUGAAUUUUUCAGAACACGUUACCACCAGCGUGCGCUAAAACUAAAUAUUUCACUGUAUUCUUGCAUAUCUAGUAGACUAGUGCAAAAACACUAUAUUUCAGUGAGUGUAUUAUACUAAAUGCUUCAGUGUCUUCAGUGUCACAUAACC